GCCGCGCGCGGGCCGCUUCGCUAAAACUUUCCGCUUCUCGAUAUUAUAUCGUAGUGUGAGUUCAAAAUGUUUUUGUUUUUGAUUACCGGACUUCUCGUUGCGACGGGCAGAGCCCAACUGCCGGAGGAAGCGUGUGACGCGGGCGAGCUGAAGAGGUGCGUGGAAAUGACCCCCCGCACCCCCGUCGGCCUGCCCCGGACCAAAGAUGAGUUGGACGCGCGCUGCUUGGCAUACCAGACCGGAAUGGCGUGCAUGGACGCGUGGAUAAAACGGUGCUUACCCACAGACGGCCAGAAAUUAAUUCAGCAACAGAUCGGCGGCGCCAGAGCCCUCAUGCGCUUUUUAUGCACCAACGAAACUGCGCUGCGGCGAGACUUUUUGAAAGAGCCGACGUGCUGGGCGAUGGUGUCGCCGGACUGGUCACGCUGCGCGGACGAGCUGCAGCAGGCAGUGCGAGACAUCUCCGAGCGGUCGCACCACAUCACCUACUUCAACAGAAACGCCGAGUUGUGCUGCGCUCGUGACGCGUUUAUAAUGUGCGUCGCACACGCUGGCCGAUCGUGUUCGGCGGGCGCAGGCAACUUGUUGCGCAAGAUGGCGUGGGUGCUCGCGCAAGAUGUUGCCGCUUGCUCGCAACAACCGCGCGCUUAUUGCUCAGCGCCGCACACACACAUCGCAGCGCCAUUGCUGACUGCACUUUCUGGCGUACUACUGUAUCCCAAUAGGAUAUAAACUAGUGGUUGUCACAGUGACUAAUCGUGAAGUGUGAACACACGAAACACGAAACCUAUAAGCAGGCUAUAAGUGUAGUGUAAAUAAUGUAUUACCCGUUCGCGCUAAGUUUGCCGCUGCCAACUACAGUUUUCUCACUCACUCGGUUCUGUGAGUGAAUGUGAGUGAGUGAGAGAACGGUAGUUGACAGCGGCAAACGGGUAGUAACGAUUUUUUUUAUCCGUCUGGUAGAUGAUACUUUGAGUAGUGAAUAAAUAAAAGUGUCUACAAUAUAGAUAAAGUUAAUUGAUGUCAUAAAUUCUAGUCAAUAGUCGUAUUUUUAUCAUUGUACAACGAAUGUUAUUCUGUUUUGCCCGUUUUAUAUCUACAAAUCCUAUUAAUUAUGAUUAUCUUUGUAGUUUAUGUAAAUAUCCAGAAUUGAAUUAUAAGUGUGUGAUAAGAAUUUUAUGUAGAAAUUACCUAGACAUCACAGCGCAAUUACUGUAAUAUUUAUUUUACUAGCGUGUG